AUGGCAAUGAGACCAGUCGGAAGGGGCGGCCGGCGGACGGCGGCAACUCCUAGUCGUCAAGGAUUCGGUGGUGGCGUCCAGGCGGUGUAUGAAGAUUUCAGACCUAUGUCAGAAUGGCAGCAAGAUAAAGAAUCGGAUAUUCUACUUAUUUAUCUUCCAGGCUUUCAGAAACAGAACCUAAAGGUCUCAACUGAAGGACAGAACAUAGUGAGGGCAAGAGGAGAUAGACUGGAUGCUGGGAACAAAUGGAGUCGAUUUCUGGAAGAUUAUAAAGUUCCAGAAAGAUGUGAUAUUAGGGCAGUUCGUGCCCGAUUUGAAGGCGGAAUUCUCACUAUUACCCUGCCAUGGAAGAAAGAAUAUCAGCAUCAUCAUCAAACUCAUCAAGAAGCACCCCCAAUUCCUCCUCCUCCUUCCACGGAACAAGUUGCUCCAAAGAAAACAACUGCACCAUCACCGGCAGGCCCUGUUGCUCCAAAAACCGAAUCGACGACACCGGCCAUUGUCAUCAAGCCUCCAAAAGCAAUAGAUGACAAAUUUGAGGAUGCUCCGGAAGGACCAGAUCAACCAAAGAAGUCUGUACCCCAAAAGGGUUUCAAUGAUAAGCCUUCUGAAGUACUCAGUCCACUACCAUUACCAGCUUUUGGUGGUUCUUCCGGGAAACAGCAAAAAGAAAACAUGCUUAAAAACGUUCAGCCUUAUGAUCCUCUUUUUAAAAAGGGAGAAGAUCAUGAACAACAAAAGAAGCAGGCUCUAAGUACUGAUCCACCAUUACAGGAGCCAGCUGCUGCCUUACCAUCGACAAAAGAAAGUUACUGGAAAUCUGAAAAUCUGAAGAGAUCUAAAGAAGAAGAAGAAAAAUCUGCAGCUGACGACAACAUGGAAUCGGCUAGUAGAAAGAAGAGGAAGGAAGGAGUUGUCGAUGGUGGAGCUGAAAGAGUCGCCCAGGGACCGGAAAAGCAAGUAAUGAUGAGUCCACCAGUGGCUACUAAUCGGCUGAGGAACUAUAAGGAAGCAGUGAGAAGUUUUGCCGAGCUAAAUGAAGAACGACAGUUACUGGUAAAUGUUGGAGCAGCUGUGCUGGUUAUUGUAGCACUUGGGACAUACAUCAUCACAUCCACAGUUGCAUCAGGGGAACCCAACUAG